AUGGAAAUGAAGUUGGGAUCCCGCCUUGGCAUGGCACUUGACUCUGGCUUAUAUGUAAUCCGUGGAGCUCUCAGGUCUUCGAAAGAAGGAUGGCGUAGCAUUUUAUACGGAAAGAAAGUUUUGGAUGCAGGUCUUGGUUUGCGUGUUGGGAUUGGGAGACAUAUCCAUAUUUUUCAUGAUUCCCACUCAAGCUCUAGUAAAUCGACUCUCAUUAGACCUCUUUUUACUGGUCUAAUAUAUUUUUAUCAGCUUAUUGACUGGGAUACGAGAGCCUGGAACUAUGAUCUUAUCAGGAACCAUUUCUCUGGAGAAGAUGCUGCGAUAUCUUCACUUGCAGAUUCUCCUCCCAGCAUCUCAAUUCAAUCAUGGUCGCAACUUUGGAAGCAUCAUGUUCCCAACAAGUUGAAUUUUUUCAUAAGGAGAGCAUUGCAAGAUAGUUUGGCCACUGGUAUGAAUAUUCACAAGAAAAUUUCAGAUCAUAAUCCUCAAUACAAGCUUUUUGGUGAUCCAUAUGAGACAGAGAUGCACCUUUUUACUUCAUGCAACAGAGCUCGCCAAGCCAGGUUCAUAUACAUGGGCAUUCGCACUAAUGCUAUAUUAAGAUCCUCCUCCUCUAAGCGGUGGCAUAAUCUUCUCAAGGAGUUAUCUAAGUCGGUUGUUCCGAUUGUUUCUCGGGCUAAAGCUCGUUUCCUAUGUUUAAUGAUCAGAACUGGUCUGCUCAUGAAGUUGUUAAAAAAAACAGAUGAGCAGGAAUCCGAGAAUCUCUCUCUUCUUGAUGUUCAGACUCAGCAACGUGGCAUGCAGAAUCCUUGUCCUUCACAGCCAGGAGCCAUCAAAAUUAAUUUUGAUGGUUCUUUUAAUCAUACAACAAACUCAGGAGGAUUAGGUGUGGUUUUUAGUAAUUCUGCGCGAAGCCUUCUCGGUGCCAAAUUGAGGAGUAUUUUUACCGCAUGCUCUUGA